AUGGGCCGUCACGCCGCGGUGACGCCCCGCGGGGCAGGUCCGGGCGGCGUGUUCGGCGCUUUCAAGUCCCGGGUCCCGCGGCUGCAACAUCCAAUCUAUGCGAGGCGCAAUCCCAGCAUCCCCACCUAUGGACUUCGGCAGUCCAUCUUACUCAACACCAGGCUCCAGGAUUGCUAUGUGGACACGCCGGCUCUCGCCAACAUCUGGACAGCCAGAGAAUGCGCAAACUGGAAUGGCAAUGGCCCCGCACCAGGUAUCACCUCUUCUUGGGAAGUUGUCAGUAACCCGUUGAUUGCCAGCUCAUUCUCCCUGGUUAAGUUGGUGCUCAGGCGACAGCUGAAGGAUAAAUGCUGCCCAGGGCCACAUAUGUUGGGAAAAGCAAAGACCUCGAAGAGAUUCAGCUCUCCGGACAAUCCAGCCAUGAAGCCUAGCCUCCAGGACAGGAACAGAACCUCCAGCCGUUUGCAGAACAAGCAGCCAGGGGACCAGCGGCUGGGACUCCUGAGACGCAGGAGGCUGGCAGGAGGCAUCAGUGAGAGUAAAGAAAGUUCAAAGGAGAAAAAAGUCACAGGCCGCCAAGAUCUUGAGAACAGAUACGCUGAACAUGUGGCUGCCACCCAAUCGCUACCCUGGGACACUGGGACCGCAGCCGGGAAGGGCGGCGUGUUGCUUGGGCCGGGCAGGGAGAGACAGCAGCUGCCAUCAUCCGAGAACGUGCUCACCAUCCACGGCCUGCCCACAGAGGGGUACCGGGCUCUCUACCAUGCCGUGGUCGAACCUAUGCUACGGAAUCCUUCAGGGAGCCUCAAGAGAUACAGCUUGGAGCUGGGCAAGACCAUUAAACAAAAGCUUUGGGAGGCGCUGCGCAGGCAGGCAGCUGCCCCUGAGAGUGACCAGGGACACUCCCUGCAGGGCAUAAAACUGCUGGAAGUCCUUGAGGACCCAGGGCCCAGCAAGUGGCCCAAAUGA